AUGCACACACUUCCUUCUAUGAUUAUAAAAUAUUUUAACAAGAGUCCAAUGGUUGUAAGCACAGACCUUGAACUUGGACUUAACAUUAAAUACGAUAAUCCAAGGCAAGUUGGAGCAGAUAGAAUUGUCAAUGCCGUUGGAGCUAUAGAACUUUAUGGCGAGCAAUCAAUUAUAGUUGACAUUGGAACUGCCAUGACUUUUUGUGUUGUAGAUAAAGAAAGAAAUUAUCUUGGGGGGCUUAUCAUGCCAGGGAUUGGAAUUUCUGCUGAAGCUCUUUUCAUGAUGACUUCAAAGCUUCCUAAGAUAAAAAUAAUUGCGCCAAAAAAGUUAUUCAAGCUGACACAGUUGGUGCAAUGCAAGCGGGACUUUACUACGGCUACACUGAAAUGA